UAUCAGCUGUUUGCCUGCAAGGUAAACAAUAAAUUGCGUCUUCACCUGGCUCCUUGGAUUGGGUCGCUGGUGCCCAGAUCACGUAAUCAAAGGUGGAGACGGGGACGAAAACAUGUGUACCCUGCAUCCUGAGGAGGAGGCGCACCUGGCGUCCAUGGCCCGCUCGCCCAGUCCGAGAACUCUGGACAUCUCUCGACCUGCAACUCCCACUCCCUGUUCACUGUUUGACGUUUGUUGGGACGACGUUCUAAUCCCACAUGUUGCCGUCUACCUAUCGCUGAAAGACUUGUUUAACUUGCGAUGCUGCUCACGAACAGCUCAAAAAUUCUCAGAGGCAGCUUUAGAAAAGCGUCAAGAACUGCAUCUCUCUGGAAACAACUCAAGCAAUAUUGAAGAUGGCUUUCGUGUGCUGGCCCGUUGUUGCCGUCGCUUGGAGGUACUGCAUUUAGCCUGCUGUCGUUGGCUAACGGACGAUUUGCUUCUUCCCCUGCUGGCGAACAAUAAACAGCGUCUGGUGGCCGUGAACCUCAACGAGUGUGUCAACAUUACGGCCCUAUCCCUGCAGCCAAUAAUCGUAGAAUGUAAGGAGCUGCGGGUGUUGAAGCUGUCCAAGUGCGAGUGGCUCACUACGGGAGCGGUGGACGCUCUGACCCUGCACCAGAGCAAGCUGGUGGAGUUCGAUAUCUCGUAUUGCGGUGCAAUUGGCGAGCGGUGCCUAAUCAUAUUUUUCAGGAGGCUCAACAAUCUAACCGUCCUGUCACUGGCCAAUACUCCAAGUGUAACCGACCAAGUGCUCAUCCAAAUAGGCAACUACUGCCGCGAACUGGAACACAUCAACCUGAUUGGCUGUGCCGCCAUUUCCGACUAUGGAGUGCAUGCUCUGACAGUCCACUGUCCGCGUAUUCGGACCCUGCUCAUCCGCCGUUGCCCUCGGGUAACAGAACGAUCGCUGGCACCGCUGCGGCAGCGGUGUCUUUUUAUUGACCGGCCGCUCCUUGAGGGGGCACACAACGCCUACAGCCUGAACGACUUCUAUCCUAGCAGUUUUCUCGUUUACUAGCCCCAAAUCCAUUUUUUCCUUUAGCGCCCUAACACAGAGCUGUCCGCUUCUGCAGUCGCUGAUGGUGCAGCGUUGCCCGCUGGUCACCGAACGGGUGC